UAGAUUGCCACUGUCGACAUGAACCACUGAUCUUUAGAAAUCAGUGACAUAAACUCAUGUUGUGUACUUCUGCCAUUUUAUAGUAUUUUUGAGUUCAUCUGAGACUAAACUUACAAAAAUGUUGUAAAUAUCAUAAUUAUUGUUUUAACGGGAAACAUUUCAUUCUCAUUUGCUAAUCAUAAAAUAUAGCCUAGACUGUAGGCCUAUAUCAUAUGUGUCCAAUUCCGUUAUCCUGAUCAAGUUCAUUCAAUCAUUGCAUAUUAUGACACACGUGCUUGUAAAAUGGAAAAUCUCUUUUAAAGGGACAAUAACACUCUUGCUGGCUUGAAAGCUCCAGAAAAUAAAUAAUAUCUCUAUCUAAGUACUAGAUGUUUAAGUGUCCUACCAGUUGUGUAAAUUAUCCAUUACAUCCUAUUUUACUUGUCCUGAGGGUUCGAAAAUAUUUUUAAAUCGAAGUUUCAUUUGAAAAGGUUUACGUUAUGUUGAAUUUUUCAAAAUUUUUAAAUAAGGUGUAUUAAGAUGAAAUUUGUAUCAUCAAUUAAUUGAAAUAUUCUAAAAUAGUACAAUUUGUUGACCAGAAUAAAGUUUGGGACAUAUUAUUCAGUUACAAGAGUGGUAUUGAGCCUUUAAAUAUACAUUAAACAGAGGCAAAAUAUUAUACCUAUUACGUUGCUAUUCACAUAAGCCAGUUAAUCAAAUUCAGGGAUUCACGCUGGCUCAGUCGACUCAGUGAGUAACAUCACAGGAGUCUGACUUUCUAUCCGUAUAUAUAUAUGCAUACACCAUGUCCAACCAGACAAUAUAUAAUAAAUAAGAACAGGAAUGCAACGCCUGUUGAAGACUCGAAUUUACCUGCUCUCGCUUCGGCUCGUUUUUUUCAACAAUUCUUAAUGUCAGGCAAUCGAACCUCUGUCGAUUCACUCAGAUAUGUUUUUUCUUCAAUCUAGUCGUUUUGAUUUGCAUAAAUACUCCCACAAAACGAUAUCAUAGCCACUUGUUUCCAAUAUUUACAUUAUUUUCGUCCAUUUCCAUUUUGUCAACUUGAUACUGCUGGCCUUAACUUAGUACUUUCACCUUUGAUUGACAUGAACUGCAAGAACCUUUCGCUUUCAGAAUAUUUACUCUAAACUUAGUUUAAUUUUAUUUUUAGCAGAAGAGGCUAACCCAAGAAGUUCUGGAGGUCUACAAAAAGAUACUGUAUUGUGAUAAGAACGAAAAUACUGACAUUGUGUGACAGUACUACCAAUUUAUUCAAAAUCUUAUAAAGAAGUUAUUGCUGACCAUUUUCAAAAGCUCACUGACAGCUAAAAAUAUUAUCUUGUUGAUUUAUCACUGUUUGUAUUCGAGGUACCAUAAUGAACUAUAACAAACUGCUUAAAGUCUUAUCUUUGUUGAUAAUUUUGAAUAGUUGUUUUUUUGCUAUUUGUGUUGCGAAAAAAGGGUUCAGUACAAAGACACCGUAUGAAUUCAUACAUCCCCCACAAAAGAAUGUAAUAGAAGAUGAUUGGUACAAUGCUCAUACAGACAAGUACACAUGUGGUGCCGUUCAUGUUUCAGCAGUAAUAAGACAUGGGGCAAGAAAUCCAGGAGAAUCGGAUAGUAAACGUAUAGGUGACAUACAUAUGAGAAUCAAAGAUAACAUAAAAGAUGGUGAUAAGUUCAAAUUACUUAAAGAUUGGACAAAUGGGUUUCCUGUUAAUAAUAAUAAAAACCUCAAUGAUGCUGGAGAAAGUGAACAGCAUCGUUUAGGACAAAGAAUUGCCAGACGAUUGAAAUCCCUCUUUCUUGAGGAAGACAUGUCUGCAGUUCAAUUCAUGGUGUCGAGUGCCAAGAGAACUGAAGAUAGCGCAUUAGCAUUCUAUGAAGGAAUUGGGGAUGAAAUAAACAGUGAAGCUCCGGAAGAAUUUGAUUCUGAAGUGAAUGAUGAAAAUUUAAGAUUCCAUACAAUGUGUCAGAAAUAUAUUAACAGUGUUGAAAACAAUGCUACAGCACUUAAAGAAUAUAAAGUAUUUGGUUCAAGUGAUUUAAUUAAUCAAGUGCUGGAAAAAGUCAUUACCAAACUUGGGGUAGAGAAAAAUGUCCUGGAACCAGCUGAUCUUAAAACAAUGUUUGUUAUUUGUGGAAGUGAAAUGGCUGUCUUCAAAUUUUCGCCAUGGUGUGAUUUAUUUGAUGAUGAAGACAAUGAAAUAAUGCAGUAUUGGUCUGACUUAAAGAAAUAUUAUAAAAAUGGACCUGCUUAUAGAAUUACUGGUGAACAGAGUUGUCCAUUAGUAGCGGAACUGUUUACUAUAAUGGAUGAUGUGAUAGCUGUUAUAGAGAGAACAGAGGAAGAUAAAGAUGUAGAAGGUUAUUUACUAGGAAAUAUGAUGUUUGGUCACGCAGAAACAUUGGGUCCACUAUAUGCUGCUCUUGGAUUAUUUAAUGAUACUAUUCCAUUAACAUCCAAAAACUAUCAUGAGCAGAAAAACAGACUUUUUAGAACAUCAGAAAUAUUACCAUUCUCCGCUAAUAUCAUGUUUAUAUUGUAUGAAUGUGAGGAAAAUGAAGAACUUUUAAAUGACGAAGAAGAGGAGGAUGAUAAUCCUGAUGAUGAUUAUCGCAUUCAGUUAUUCGUUAAUGAAAAACCAAUGCUAAUUCCAGGAUGUAAAAAUCUAUUAUGUCCAUAUACGGAUGUCAGAGAAUGGUAUUCAGAUAUCAGUGAUGAUUGCCACUUCGAUUAUCUUUGUGAUCCUCAUAAAAAAAUGCACGAUGAAUUAUGAUACCAAAUACCAAAACUUUAUCUUAAAAAGUUACAACCUUACAUUUGAGAAUAUAAAUGCUACCUCCCAGCGUAGAUUUAUUAAAGAGACAUUAUGAAAGAUUAGGUAAAGAGCUGGCAGGCCUCGCUAUAGUAGUUAAAAAAAUAGAUAAUGUAAAGGGAAUAUGCUGAAAAUUUCAGUCAAAUUACUUCACUCUAUGAGCCAAGAAAUCCUUAACACUGUAGCCUCGAUUGUCAUUGUUACCGUUGUUACGAUAACAAACAAAGUCUCGAUUUUCCGUUUUUAUAGUUAAUCAUCAUCAGCUGUUGAACUGCAGAUUGGAUUUAAAUCUGUUGAAAAUCGGACCCAUCAGAUGGCAUCGAGAGUUGAUUAUGGUCUUGUCAUGUUAAUACAUGUCUAAUUAUAGUUUAUAUAACAUUUAAUUAAGAAGGCACAAAGAAAGACCUGCAAUAGGCAGAUUUAGCUUUUACAUAAUGCUCUUACAUAUACACCUCAUAACAUGAUAAUUUAGACAAAAGACAACAUGUCAGUCUUGCAGAUAUUUCUCUUAUGAAAUGCUGUCACUCUAUGGCUAUUCUGACAAAUUGUUGAAGACAAGAUUACAAGAGGAAUGACACUAUGCAUAAAAAUGUACUUGUAAUUGAUAGUAGAUUUAAAGGAGUCAUCCCAUUCCAGAAAUAUUUUAGGGAAUAAAGCUGGUUAGUUCUGCAUGAACAGCUCUUCGAAGCCAUAGUCCUAUUCAGCUAUUCCAAGUUGUGUACAACUAUCUGGAGCUGUUUGAAUAAAACAUGUCUAUAGACCAUUAGUUAAGGGAGGCAUUAUUUCUUUACAUGUUUGGCAGCAUUUUUAAAUGUACAUCUUGUGAAAUCUUGGAAAAUCCCUCUAAAGAGCUGAUGGCAUUGCUGAUGUUCAAUCUCUUGCUUAAGCUUUUACUUGUGGUGAGGUAUGCCAAAGCUAGUAAAUUAUUAUUAUGCACGACCAGUGAAGAUCUUUUUUUCAUCUGAUCUCAUGAUUUAAUCUAUUCUAUAAAUUCAGGUUUAUUUAUGAUUACAGUGUACUUAAUCUUAAUACUUUUCGUGUGUCAUGGCCUUGUGAUCAGUAACUUUUAUUUAAAGAUACAUUAUGAGAGAUUAGAUAAAGAGCUGGCAGUUCUCACUAUAAUUGUUAAAAACUAGAUAAUGUAAAGGGAAUUUGCUGAAAAUUUCUGUCAAAGUGAUCUUCUCUGAACCGAGAAUUUAGCGAUUGAAUUUUGGACCUAGCCUUAAUGAUCAUUACUAGAGUCGGAACAAUGAAAAGCUUAGUAAUGAUUAACCAUUUCCUUGAGUUGUGCUGCAAAUCGGAUCCUAAUCCAGUAAAUAUCGCAGGCUAGCGAUGACAUCGAGAGUUGAUAAUGGUCUGGAUAAGUAAUUAAUGUCUAAUUAAUAAUUUAGAUAACAUUUCAGGCCUAAAGAAAAACCUGCAGUAGGCAGAUUUAGCUUUUGCAUAAUGUAUGUUUAAAAGAGCUGCUAUAAAAAGCAGUCUGAAAACUCCAGCUUUUAAGUUAUACUUAUCACUGACUUAAACUUGUCAUGAGGAUUACAUUAAAUUAUAACAGUAUGAACAUAUCAAAGAUACUGACCGUCUAGGGGUUUAAAUUUGAAUAAAUCAUUUUAGGUCACAAGAGUUGGGGAAAAUCAGUUAGUAGUAAAAGAAAUAAUAGGCCUUAUUCGUAUUUGGUGUGCCCUUUCUUGUUCAUUUAGUGUAAAAACAUAAUAUGUUCACAUGUUAUUUUAAUUUUUUUACAUCUAAUUAUAAAUAUUUUAAUUCUUUUACUAUUUACUGCUAUAAGAAACACCAAUUCAAACAUAAAGUUUAUAUUUCAAUGUAUUGGUUGUUUAUUUUUAUUGCAUUAUUAUGUAUUUUCAGUUAGUUUUUAUACAAAUUGUUAUUCACAUCCAUAGGUUUCACCCAGUGUAAACCGGUUUCAUUUUAACUUAUUGAUGGAUUACAUCCACAUUGUAUUUUAUGUUCAUGCAUUGUUAUUAAUGUUAAAUUAUUUUAUGCAUAAUUUUGAUUUAGAAAUAAAUUUGUAUAAAUAUA